AUGGACGUCGACCCGGGCCAUCAGCUGCAGCACUCCCUUCAAUUGACGUGCAGUCGCGAUGCGUCCCCGCUCACUCACUCCCGGAAACACUCGCGCGGCAGCAGCGGCGAUUACUACGACGACGAGGACGAGAACGACGACGAUGAGCUGGACUUCUCGUCCGAUGAGUCCGGCCAAUUCGACGACGCCGAAGAAGAAAUCGUCUCCACACCGCAUCCGACCACAACCCGUUCGCCGUCCACCCACUCGACCAAGCGUCGCCGGUCGAACGACUGGCCCUUCGAUCACGGCGAGGAGACAACCACUGCCGCGACCGCGCCGUCCUCCACCGGCCAUCGUUGGACAUUUCACGGGCACGGCGGCAAGAACCCCGGUUCGAACAGCGGAUCUCCGCGAACGACCGGCCGGCGAUCCGGGAACCGCGGGCGUCGGUCGCGUUUCGUGGAGGGACAUAUGAACGACAGCGUGAGCGAGAAACCGCCGAGUAUCUUCCUCCGGGAUGCCAAUAGCAAGUCGGCUCGCGAGGGGCGCCAGCCCAGCCACAAAUCGUCUGGCAUCUUUCGAUUUGGGAAGGCCAUUGCGUCGGCGUUCAAUCCCUUCGGCGUGCUGCAUAAUGUCUCCGACAUCUGGAAGGGUCCCUCGGAGACGCAGAAGCCGGCGGAUGAUACGCUGGCGCGCGCGGAGAAGGCAUACGCAGAGUUGAAGAAGGCGGGAUACAAGGGCACAGUGAAGGGGAGUUACAUGCAAAGCGCGCAGGGAGCAUCAUCUCAUGACUUGCCGGAUCAGACGUGGAAGUCGAUACAGGAGAAGAUGGACUACAAGCCUGCGGGCCGUCAUUCACGCCAGAGUUCGGGUGAAGCUGGCGGCUCGAUUCGGAGCUCAUUCCAGGAGUUGCGAAAGGCCAGGUCAUCUCUGGGUAUUCCAGCCAUGUCUCUGAUCCCCGGGCGGCGAUCGGAUGAUGCUGAUUUCCCCGAAAUGCGGCGACAGAAGUCGCGCAAGGAGCUCCAGCGGCAAGCCAAACUACUGAAGCGAGUCAGUGAUCUCGAGGAGAAACUCGAACGCGCGCGUCGGGAGCUCCAGGAACUCAUGAGCGAGGAGGAUCUGCCGUCACAGAGUUACUGCGCGGAAAAGCCGUAUUCGCGGAAGUUUGUUCCCGGAACGCUGCCUUCGCUUCCGUCCGAGAGGAUUCUACAGCACCGGGCUGCAUCAUUACCUACAUCCGCAGUAGCCGCAUUGGCCUCGCCUCCGCAGGACGAAGACCAGGAAAUUGUAGAGCUUCCGUCCACGAAUGAGAAGCCGUUUAUCAACCAAACGACCCCUAGGCCGGCGAGCGCGUCCAAGGCGCAAUCCUUAACCGUGGACAGUUCCUCUCGCAAGCGCAAAUCUCCUGACCCUCAAUCUGCAAGGGCAGAGAAGAUGUCCCAGAAAAACAAUGCCGAUGCGUCGAACUCGAAAAGGAGUCCCGCGGCCAACGUGUCUUACUACGACACCGACCUCACCCCGUCUCGAAAGCCCAAACUACCCAAGAUGGUCCGACAGGACAGUCCCGGCUCUGUCGAACGCAAACAAACCCGCGAUCACGAGCAUCAAGAUGCCAACGGCGGCCGCUCACCGGGAGAAGACCGAGGACGACGAUCCGUCCAGCCGCUCCGAUCCCACAGCAAGCGAUCACCCUCGCAGCGCAGACGAGCAUCCAACUCCCGAAACCGCGGCACUGGUGUAACCGCGAAUGACACGCGAACGCCCUCUCUGCGCAUGAAGAAAGGCCGCGCCAACCUCCGCUGCGACUCCAACACCAUCACCGACGAAUUCAUCCUCCGCCACACCGAUCCCGAAGACAAAGAAAACCAGGACCAAGCUCAGACCCAGGCGCAACAACCCCAGCUAGACACCACCACCGUCACCAAGUUUUACAAUCAAGAGAACGAGGAACCUCUUCUUGACCCCGACCAGAUCACCCCGAGUCCGAGCCCCAGUCCCACCAAGCGAAGAGACCAAUCACGCUACAACCAAAGCUACAGCUAUAUCCCGCCCGUGCCUCCAAUCCCCAAGGACCUAGCCGCCACGGCGGCGAAAGUCGACCGUCGAUUAGCCAAUGAGAUGGGCAAGAAGCGCGAGGCACGGACGAAGAAGUAUCAUGGGCAGGGCCAGGAGAACGUUAUCUCCACGGAUGAAGCGUUCCGGUGGCCGGAUGAUAUCUUUUGA